CUUUCCCCGUUUCCCCUCGUUCCCUCCUCAGUCUUCUAUUGACGCUAGUCAAGGCAAAAGCUUUGACCCACACGACAACCUGACGCCCCAGCCUCCCCUCUGAUCUACGGACCGAUUUUCCGGAUUUGCGGUAAAGGCAACUUUACUGCAACGACCCCGGCGAGAACAUGGACCCCGCCACUCAAAGUGUAACUGUCGCUCCCGAAGUCGACCACCCGCAGCCAACCGCCUCUCCCAUUGUGAACGGUGGCACCAACGGCCAAGACGAGGCGCUCGCCCACGAGAGUCCCGCCGUUGAGGCGUCCUCUGCGGGCGACGCUCCCGCGGAGACGCACCAAGCGCCCAAAUCCUACGAUGACCUGUUCCCGUCCUUGCCGGCUGCCGCACCCGUCACUUCUGCCGGGAGCAACCCCAUCGGCGAGUGGAACCGCAAGCCCAAGUUGGCGUCUUCGACGGUGACUCAGGUGUUCCGGAUUCCGGAGGAAGAGCGACGCGAUGCGGCGAGUAGCGGGUUCGGGGCUGAUGAUUCCUACAAGCAGUUGAAGACGGUGAUGGACAAGACCGGCGCCAAGAUCGAGAUGAGCUCGAGCCGCGACCAAUCCCUGACCUUCGUCAUCACGGGCAAGCAAGAAGUGGUCUUGCGCGCCCGCCGUGAGCUGCUCCGUGAAUUUCAGACCCAGGCCAACCAGGCCAUCACUAUCCCGAAAGAACACCAUCGCUUCAUCCUCGGCAAGGGCGGCGUGAAACUUCAAGAUUUGGAAACGAAAACCGCCACGAAGAUCACCAUUCCCAAGCAGAGCGAGAGCGUCAACGCCAUCACCAUCUCCGGCACCAAGGAAGGCAUCGAGAAGGCCCUCCACGAGAUCCGAACCAUUUCGGACGAGCAGUCCAAGCAGGCCUACGAGGUCCUGAGCAUCGCCAAGACCUACCACCCCUUCAUCAACGGACCCAAUGGAGAGAUGGCCAGGAAGAUCAUCGGGGACCGACCCAAUGUGCGGAUCAAUAUCCCUCCGUUGAGCGUGAUGAAGGACGAGAUCUCGAUUGCAGGCGAGAAGGACGGCGUUUUGGCCGUGAAGGAGCAAAUCGAGAAGAUGUACAAGGACAUGCAACGAAAGUUCACGGAAGUGAGUGUGGAGGUGAAGAAAUCCCAGCACAAAUACAUCAUCGGACCCAAGGGAAACUCGAUCAACGAGAUCCUCACCGAAACCGGCGUCUUCGUGGAGAUGCCUAGCUCCGAAUCCACAAGUGAAACCAUCACUCUCCGUGGACCCCAAGACAAACUUGGACCAGCAUUGACCAAGGUCUACGAGAAGGCCAGCUCGGUUGUGAGUUACGAUGUGCAUUGCCCGAAUUGGUUGCACAAAUACAUCAUCGGCAAGAAAGGAAGCUCAAUCCAAAAACUCACCAACGAAUUGACCAAGGUGCACGUGGAAUUUGUCGAAGCAGGAGACAAGAUCAAGGUCGAGGGUCCGCCCGAUGAAGUCGAGCGCGCUCGUGAAGCCCUCGAAAGUCAGGCCAAGGAAUUGGUCGAAAAGACUUCGUUUGCGGAAAUCAUCGUGGACGCCAAAUAUCACAAACAUAUCAUCGGAAAAGGAGGCUCCACCGUGAACAAGAUCAAACAAGAAACCGAUGUCAUGAUCAACAUUCCCGACAGCGAGCUUGGUGUGAACAAGAUUCGCAUUGAAGGCAACAAGGAAGGCGUGAAGAAGGCUAAAAGUGAAUUGGAGUCUUUGGUGUCCAAAAUGGAAAAUGAGCGCGAAAAGGACAUGAUCAUUCCGAGUCGCUUCCAUCGACAACUCAUCGGUCCCAAGGGAGAAUCUAUUCAGAAGCUUCGCGAGGAUUUUCCCAACGUGCAAAUCUCGUUUCCCGAUGUUGGCUCGAAAUCCGAGAUCGUCAAGCUUCGUGGACCCAAAGAUGAUGUGGAGAAGUGCUCCAAGACCAUGACCAAGUCCAUUCGAGACCUCGAGGAGAGCAACUAUCAGGUCAAGGUGCCGAUCUUCAAGCAGUUCCACAAGUUCAUCGUCGGCAAAGGAGGCGCGACCAUCCGCAAGAUCCGAACCGAAACCGACACCCGGAUCGAUCUACCGGAAUCCGGCUCCGAAAGCGAUAUGAUUGCCAUCACCGGAAAGAAAGCCAAUGUGGAGAAAGCCCAAAAGGAGUUGCAACAGAUUCAGAGCGAAAUGGCCAAUGUGGUGUCCGUGGAUAUCGAGGUCCCGUCCAAGAUCCACAACACCAUGAUUGGAUCCGGAGGCAAGCUCAUCCAAUCCGUGAUGGACGAUUGCGGCGGAGUCAGCAUCAAGUUCCCCCCGUCCAACACGAAUUCCGACAAGGUGACGAUUCGAGGCCCCAAGGAUGACGUGGAAAAGGCCAAGAAGAUGCUUUUGGAGAUGGCCAAUGAGAAGCAGUUGUCGAGCAUGUCGGCCGAGGUUCGGGCCAAACCUGAGCAUCACAAGUUCCUGAUCGGUCGGAAUGGCGCCAAUGUCCAAAGUAUCCGCGACAAAACCGGCGCGCGAAUCAUCUUUCCUAAUGAGAAGGAUACGGAUCGCGAACUCAUCACUAUUCUCGGCACCAAGGAAGCUGUGGCGGGUGCCAAACAAGAACUGGAGGCCAGGAUCAAGGGAUUGGACAAUGUGGUUGAAGAAGUCAUGACGGUGGAUCCCAAACAUCACAAGCACUUUGUGUCUCGACGUGGUGAGGUACUUAGACAGAUUGGCGAUGAAUUCGGAGGCGUGAUCGUGUCUUUCCCGAGAUCCGGCGUCGAAAGUGACAAGGUGACCUUGAAGGGUGCCAAGAAUUGUGUGGAAGGUGCCAAGACCCGAAUUGAAGAGAUUGUCAACGACUUGAACAACCAAGUGACCAUCGAGUGUCCCAUCGAGCAGCAACAUCACAGGACCAUCAUGGGCACACGUGGAUCCAAGAUCCAAAGCAUCUGCGCCGAUCACAACGUCCAAAUCAAGAUCCCCGAAAGGAACCCCGUUCAAAACGGAGCUGCCAACGGUGAAGAAGUCAACGUGAACAUCAUCAAGAUCAGUGGCCAACGAGAGAACUGUGAGGCCGCCGUUGAGGUCUUACAAGCCCUCGUGCCCGUGGACGAGGAGUUUGAGGUUCCAUUCGAGUUCCACCGCUACAUCAUCGGUGCCAAAGGCGUGAAAGUCCGCCAACUGAUGGACCGCUUCGACGUAAACAUCAAGGUCCCGCCCUCAGAGGAUCAAUCCAACAUCAUCAUCAUCAACGGGCCAGCCAAGAACAUCGCCAAGGCGCGCGUUGCUCUGGAAGAGCGCGUGGUGGAAUUGGAGAAGGAGAAGGCUGACCGUGCCGCUAAAUCCUUCGAAGUGAGGGUCGAGGUCAAUCCCGAAUAUCAUCCCAAGAUUAUUGGGCGACGUGGAGCGGCCAUCACUCAACUUCGCGAGGACUUUGAUGUGAAUGUCCAGUUGCCCAAGAAAGGCGACCCCGAGGAGAACAUCAUCACCAUCACGGGCUACGAGGCUGACGCCAUCAAGGCCAAAGAGGCCAUCAUGAAGGUGGUCAAUGACUUGGAGUCCUUGACAAAGGAGGAGGUCAGCAUCGACCGACGGAUCCAUUCUAUGAUUAUUGGCCGUCGAGGAGCAACCAUUCGCAAGAUCAUGCAAGAUUACAACGUUGACAUUAAAUUACCCCGCGACGGAGAUAGUGAUCCGGAUCUAGUGGUGAUUAUGGGCGGGGAGGAUGCCGUGUUGGAUUGCAAGGACCACCUGCUUAAUCUGGCUGAGGAGUACAUGCAAGAGGUGCAGGACAAGCAAUGGAUGGAGGAUUACAUGAAACCCGCCAGUAAGGAGAAUGAAGGCGGACCUAAGAAGACCAACUCCAAGGGCUUCGAAGUCAAGGGCGCUCCAUGGCAAGGAGCCAGUGACGAGGCUUUCCCCACUUUGGGCGGAGGAGGCAUGGGUGCCGCCCAAUCCUCCACCCCGGUUUGGGGACCGAGGCGUUAAAGGCGACUCCCAACGCAAUAUCCAUAGAAGAAACGAGUGAACGAACAAGAAAACGCUCGUAUGAAUUGGAAGUGGUGGACCUAGAACAGAUGUUCCUACUUCUCACACCCAACUCCCAACUACUCAUCUCUUCCCCUUUCCUUAUGGUUCUUUCCUCUCUUUCCCUUGAAACGCCCUUGCUCACAAUCGCCGUGCAACUAUGGACGACGUCACAUCACAAGCUAACAAACCCACUCUUGACUGACCCUUCAGACCGAAAAAAAGGCUACGAAAAUGGACUCUUCUUCUUGGAUCACGACUCGAAUUGGCCACGCCCCUCAAGCCAGCCACUCCUCCGAGCGAAAGACUGUGAAUGCCCUUUUUACUAGCUCUAGCGAAAUUAGCCACAGAGACCAGCAACUAUCUUUUAUAUCCCCCCCUGAAAACGAACAAGGACCUCUUUCGCAAAUCUGGAACGUCUUCCGGCCAAGAUGAGCAUUGAUAUUGACCCCUACAAAUCACCCCUACAAAUCAUCACCGGCAACUCUUGUUCACACCCCGCCCGUCUCUCACAGACAUAGCUGCAACCAUGUGUUAAUUCAUAACCUAAAUGUGAUCAAAAAAAAACCCCAGAGCUGUUUUCGCCAGUGUCAACAUGAUGCUUCGGGGACUCUCUUUAGAGGUCUGUGUUCGGCAGAGGAGCGACACAACACACUUGGACAGAGAUCGGAUGUGUGACGUCUUCAUCCAAUCAAUCCGCCUUGAACAGAAACGAAAGAAAACAAAAUCAUCGGCCAAGAUUUUUGGACACGAGAAGAAAAAAAAACAAUCCCAAUGGUGCCUUGUUCAUACAACAUAGAAAGAAGACCUUAUAUUGCCACAACUAACAGCUCUCACAAUCCUUCGAUUUCUGCCCUUGAUCAACUCUGAAUUUUGCCUAAAUUUUGCGAUGGGCUCCCAUUUUAAUUUCUUAGCGAAGAUUGCAAGCACACGAUUUGCCCCCCUUCUGUUUCCAAUUCCUUCUUAUUUCGUCUGUCUAGAUCUUUUUAUUCAUAUUAUCACGAUGAGCCUUCUUCAUCCAGAAUUCAGUUCUACCUAUGAACUCUGUACAUAAACGAUACUAGUGUUAUACCGUUUUAUAUCUACACAUAUUAUAAUUAUCGAAUCAUCUGUUUUCGUAGCCAAUUCUUGUUGAUUAAAUUCCCCAUUUUAUCCACCAAAUUCCAUAGGACACCAUCCAAAGUCGCUAAACGUCAGAUCAACGAGUUAUCAACCUUGUUUUUUUUUUUACAUUAAAAAAAACCGUGAACAAAAAGAACCGAAAAUGAAUCUUACGACAUCCCGAGGAGCAUUUACCAAUUCGGCUGAACAAUAAAACUUCUAGAAAAGUAUGAAAGUUCGUUACACUGUACACUGUUCAAAUGCCAAGUUAUGGAUCUUCAAUAAAAACAUACCAAUCACUCAA